AUGGCGGCCGCCAGCAGCAGUUCAGGCAGCACUGUGAGGAAGCGACGUGUGGACGGCAGCAAGACUGAGACAAAGUGUGUCGACAGCAGCGAGGACAAUGGAGCAGACCUCAGCGAAGACGCGGAGGAAGAGGAGAGGCUUCAGUCGUUGCACACCGGGACUUACUGGCUCACUCGUAUCGUGCUGCUGCGCUCCGUCGCCUUUAUUUACCUUGUGGCGUUCAGCGUCGCUUACAACCAGAACAAGCAGCUGAUAGGCGAGCACGGCCUAAUGCCCUGCAAGAACUACCUCAACAGCGUCAAGCGCUAUGUGGGGGGGAAGAUAGGCAUGGCCGCCUUCGCGUACACGCCCUCCAUCCUCUGGUUGUUAGACUGGAGCGACAUGGAUGCCAACCUGGACGCCAUUGCCCUGGGGGGGAUGGCGCUGUCUGCAUUCGUCCUGGCGACGGGAAUGGCCAACAUGGUGAUCAUGGUUACGCUGUGGGUGCUUUAUCACUCCCUGGUCAACGUGGGACAGCUGUGGUACUCCUUUGGUUGGGAGAGUCAGCUGUUGGAGACGGGGUUUCUGGCCAUUUUCCUGUGUCCUGUGUGGACUCUGUCUCAGGUCCCCCGCUGCUGUCCCCCCUCCCUCAUCUGCAUCUGGACCUUCAGAUGGCUCAUUGUUCGCAUCAUGCUGGGAGCUGGGCUCAUUAAAAUCAGAGGCGACAAAUGCUGGAGAGACCUCACCUGCAUGGACUACCACUACGAGACCCAGCCUGUUCCUAACCCCAUGUCCUACUACAUGCAUCGCUCCCCGUGGUGGUUUCACCGCUUCGAGACGUUGUCCAACCACCUCAUCGAGCUCAUCUUCCCGUUCUUCACCUUCCUGGGCAGGCGGAUGUGCAUGGUUAACGGAGCGAUCCAGAUCCUGUUCCAGGUGGUUCUGAUAGUGAGUGGGAACCUCAGUUUCCUUAACUGGCUGACCAUUGUACCCAGUCUGGCCUGUUUUGACGAUGCAUCGCUGGGCUUCUUGUUUCACUCUAGAGGGGGGGCCAAGAAGGCAGUGCUUGAGAUACAGAAUGAGGAGGCGGCUGGACGCAACCCCAAACCCACCAAAGGUAUGUUGAUACGUCGGGUGGUGAACGUUUCUUUGGCCGUUCUGAUUGGCUACCUGAGCAUACCCGUGGUGAUGAACCUGUUCAGCUCCAGGCAGGUGAUGAACACCUCCUUUGACCCACUGCGCAUCGUCAACACCUACGGGGCCUUUGGCAGCAUUACCAAAGAGCGUACUGAGGUGAUUUUCCAGGGCACUUUAAGCCAGGACCCUAAGGACCCUGAGGCGGUUUGGGAGGAGUACCAGUUCCUGUGUAAGCCAGGGGACGUUUACCGACGGCCGUGCCUCAUAUCACCGUACCACUACCGGCUGGACUGGCUCAUGUGGUUUGCUGCCUUCCAGACUUACGAGCAGAGUGAGUGGGUGAUCCACAUAGCGGGAUGCCUGCUGUCCAACGACAGCACGGUCCUCUCCCUGCUCGACCGCAACCCCUUCCGAGGCCGAGAAACUCCCAGGUGGGUUCGAGGGGAACAUUUCAGGUACAAGUUCAGCCAGCCGGGCAGUACCAGCGCAGCGCAGGGGAAGUGGUGGCUGCGAAAACGCAUCGGAGCCUACUUCCCUCCCGUGGACCUGGAAGCACUCAGGGGCUACUUCCAGUCCAGGAGCUGGCCCCACCCACACAUACCACCAAACAGGAGCUAAAGCCGCGAGCUCAGACGACAGCACCGAGAGGAGAUCAGACUGAGGUUGGAAAGAGGUCAUUUUAAGGGCGGUUUCAGUGCCAUGCUGCUGGAGGUGAGCACAGGUUACAGAGUCCAAGGAUGCCGCCAGGUUUUUUUCAGACUGCAAGGUUUCAUGAAGGACUGCUUGAAAUCAAACACGCUGACAUUUCCAAUGUGACGCUUGUCAAGGUGUCGUUUAGGGAUGCGUCAUGGUAUCACAAGUAAUUACUGCCAUGUGUAUCUCAUAAAACAGCCUCAGUCAAAGCCCAGUACCAAAUGUGACUUUUGACUAAAGUUUUAAUAUUAAAACU